AUGUAUGUGCCUUCGCACCGCGCCCUGCAGUCGGCCUGCAACCUUUUGGCCGUGUUGGUAUCUCCACAAGUGUCUGUGGACCUCCCCGUCAUGCUCGCAGCGCCCUGGCCCACGUCGACAAACCCCCCCAUAUCCUGGUUGCAAGUUCCAAAACGGAAUACAGUAGGGUUACGAAAGCCAAAAGAUACAUUCGCCUCGCCUCGCAAAUCACUCAAUCGCAAACUCCACUGGCCACCGGAAGAAGAACGAAGUAACAGUUACGCCCCCAAAAGCGUUCUGGCCGACCCGCCGCCCUACCCCGCAGACGGGAGGACGGAAACCUACCCCCCUGCUUAG